UUCGUGUACCACCAUUACAUUUGGGCCUCUAAUAAAACAAGGAAACUUUGCGGAUAUUUAUAAAAUAUACAGAGCGCAAAGAACUUUAGUAGCAAAAGUAAUGAAAAAGGGUUACACAAGCACAGACAAAGUCCUUAUGCAUGCCAAGAUUGAUUUCAACCUUUUUGUGGGGAUUCAUGAGAAUAUUUUGAGAUUUGUUGGAGCUGUAUUAAACGACAAGAUCCGUGGACCCUAUAUAGUACUUGAAUACUGCAACAAAGGUCAACUUGACAUUUGGUUAAAAUAUGAAAGGAUAAACGCUGAUGGUAGAACUUUGAACAAGCUUUGUAAAAUUGCAAAUGGAAUCUGCGAUGGAAUGAUAUUUUUGGAAGAAAAAGAGGUGGUGCAUCAAAGACUUGGGACUAGAAAUGUGCUUUUGAAUGAAUCGUUUGGACAUGGACUGAUACCAAAAAUAUACGGAUUUUGUCCAACCCCAAACACUGACACAGAUGGAAAAAAACUAGUGGUUCUGUCAGUUUUUCCGAUGGGGGUUGAUCAUGAAGUGGAGUUGGUGGAUCCGAGAAAAUAUCCUGUAGAUCGACCACAAUACAAAUCAUCGGCUAACUUAGCAAUUACCCCUUCCUGGACUAAGUCACCCAAAACUCUACAGGUCAGCUCCUCUAAAAUGGUCUCUGAGCCAGGCAUACCAAUUGCUGAACGAGCGUAA